CCGCCGAGCGGAGCGAUGGGCAACACGGUGCACAAGACCCUGGCAGACACAAGCCACCAGACCCGCUCCGUCUCCAGCCGCCCCUACUACAGUUUGCCCAACAGCAGCCAUGAGAGACGCUCAGUCCUCACUAUCACGGAGCCGCCGCGUUUCCACUCCCAAGCCAAAGGCAAGAACGUGCGUCUGGACGCUCACUCCCGCAAGGCCACGCGGAGGAACAGUUUCUGCAACGGGGUCACCUUCACCAACCGGCCCAUCCACCUCUACGAGAAAGUCAGGCUGAAGCUGGUGGCCGUGCACCAUGGCUGGAGCGGGGCCCUACGCUUCGGCUUCACCAUUCAUGACCCAUCGCAGAUGAGCUCUGACGAGAUACCAAAGUACGCCUGUCCGGACCUAGUGACCCGACCUGGAUACUGGGCCAAAGCUUUGCCAGAGAGGUUUGCUGUGAGGGACAAUAUCUUGGCCUUCUGGGUUGACCGUCAUGGGAGAGUCUUCUACAGUAUUAAUGAUGAGGAGCCAAUAUUGUUUCACUGUGGUAUUAAAGUUUCCGGUCCUCUCUGGGCACUCAUAGACAUCUAUGGAAUUACCCAUGAAGUGCAAAUACUAGAUAGCAUGUUUGCAGAGACCAUGACCACUGCCCGUCUCAGCACUGCCCGUCUCAGCACUUGCCUUCCGCAGAGCAACCAUGAUUCAGCCAACUUCAAUAACAAUGAACUGGAGAAUAACCAAGUGGUGGCCAAAAUUGCAAACCUAAACCUAAGUCGGGUACCAGGACUUGCGACAGACAACCACAUCAUCCCUUGUUGCCCAAACCGACGGCAGCGUGCCCAGGGGGUCCCAGCCUUCCUGGACACAGACCUGCGAUUCCACCCCACCCGCGGACCUGACAUCACCUUUUCUCAGGACCGGAUGGUUGCAUGCACCAACUGGCAAGAAAGCAAUAGGACUUUGGUGUUUUCUGACCGGCCUUUGCACAUCGGUGAAAGCCUCUUUGUGGAAGUAGGACAUCUUGGGUUGCCAUACUAUGGGGCCCUUUCAUUUGGCAUCACUUCUUGUGAUCCGAGUACUUUACGGACAAAUGAGCUCCCAGCAGAUCCGGACUUCCUCUUGGACCGCAAGGAGUACUGGGUGGUUUACCGAGCGUUCCCGGUCCUCAACAGCGGCGACAUUCUCAGUUUCAUGGUCUUGCCGAAUGGAGAGGUGCACCACGGGGUGAACGGAGCCAGCCGAGGAAUGCUAAUGUGCGUGGACACCUCACAGUCUCUCUGGGUGUUUUUUACAAUCCAUGGUGUAAUCAACCAGCUCAAAAUAUUGGGCACUGUGCAGUCCAGCCCAGUGACCGUCUCUCCCUCAGGAUCCCCCGGCGGCUCACAGUACGACAGCGACUCGGACAUGGCCUUCAGCGUCAACAGGUCGUCGUCUGCUUCAGAGUCGUCGCUCGUGACUGCUCCCAGCUCCCCUCUGAGCCCCCCCAUCUCUCCCGUCUUCCCCCCUCCGGAGCCAUCAAGCAGCAAGAACGGGGAAUGCACCGUCUGCUUUGACAGUGAGGUGGACACGGUGAUCUACACCUGUGGACACAUGUGCCUCUGCAACACCUGUGGUCUUAAGCUGAAGAAGCAGCUCAAUGCCUGCUGCCCAAUCUGUCGACGGGUCAUCAAAGAUGUUAUUAAAAUAUACCGCCCUUAGUGCCCGGCUCGGGCUGUAGGAAGGGGGAACGCCGCUAGCAGUAACCAUGCCUUUCCGUCCCUGCUUAUGGGUUAUCGUGCUGGUCAGUCGUUAUCAAGUGGCUCGUUAUCUGUGUUUCCUUAUUUGACUGGUAGGGCACAAUUCAGGGAUAAAAUUGAGCUGAGGAUCACGUGGGGCCCAAAGGCACGGCUGCCAUGUGCCCAUGGGCGAAUCCGGGGAAUCGCGGUCUGGACCCGACCCAGCUGCAAAUGAGAAAUUUCCCGUGCAAAGGCUCUUUUUUUCCUCCUCCUCCUCCGGAGGAGGCUCGCUCUGGUUUGGAUCAGGAAGGGGAGGUUGCCGCUUGGUCAGUGCCAGGUGCCACUGGGCUUCCCAACCCCAAAACCCCAACAGCUCUGGGCUGCUGCCAGGUGCUUGUGCUGUGGUGGAACAAAAUUAGGACAAGGCCCAGUGGGACGGUUCAAAGUAGACAAAACUGAUCUGGAAAUGUCAUGUUCAUCCAUGUAAGGGGAACUAGCUAAGGCCAAAAUAGUAGCACAGCCAGAUUCUCACUUGUUUGGGUUUCGCCCCCCUGAACAGGCUUCUGGGGCAUGUGGAGAAGCUGGUCUGGACUUAUGUAAAGCAGCUUUUGCAUUCUGUGGCAGAGCAGGGACUUUUGGCCAGGGAGGCUGAGACCCGGGGAGCAGCCACAGGGUAGCAGUGAGGAGCACGAGCCCGCUGAGAGCCCCAGCCAACGCCAACUGCUGCAGCAGCAGUGAUGGAGCAGCGGGCAGCCCCGAUGGGCUGCUCAGGCACUGCCCGUAUGGCUGGCUGCUGAAGCCGUAAAUUGCAGCCUGUGGAUGAGAGGGGCGUUUGGAUGGGCACACUGCAAGCCUGGCUUAGAAAAAGCGCGGGACUGCCGCCAUCUGCAAUGAUGGUGUUUGUCGCCUCCAGGCACACAUGCCUGCGUUUUGCUCUGCUCCUCUUCACAGGUGUCAUAGCCGCCAUCUCGCACCGUCCUGCCUGGCUCGCCUCCCCUAGCCCUCCCCUGCAGCUAGUGCCACGGCAGGGCUCAGCCUUCCUCCCACCCCACCACAGGGACUUUUUGGAGCCUGCGGUGAGAAAUUAAUUUCUG